CCGAGAGGGGCUGAGCCGGCUGCUCCCACCCUCCCGCCCGCCCGCUUCCCUGCCCGUCGGCGCCGCCCUUUCGCCAGCGGAGGCAGCAGGGAGGCAGGCGGGGCGGGGGCCGGGCGGGGCGGCGCUGGAGGCGGCCCCGGGGCGGCGGCGGCGGCGGCGGCGGCGGCGGCUGGCUUCGCGCGAAGAUGGCCGCUCCGCCUCUCGCCUCCAAGGCCGGCUGCUCGGCCGCCAACACCGCCGCCCCCGGGCCCGGCUCCGGCUCCGGCUCCGGUUCCGGUUCCGCGCUGGGCCAGUCCCGGCCGGCCGCCGCCUUCCCGGAGCUGGACUUCCGCUCGGGCGCCCGCAUGGAGGAGCUGAACCGGCUGAUCCAGGACUUCGCCCGGCAGGACCAGCGCGAGUACGACGACCAGCGCGCCCUGGAGAUCCACACCGCCAAGGACUUCGUCUUCUCCAUGCUGGGCAUGGUACAAAAACUUGACCAAAAACUUCCAGUCGCCAAUGAGUACUUGCUGCUUUCCGGAGGGGUCCGAGAAGGCGUGGUGGACCUUGAUCUGGACGAUCUGAACUUCUACGCUCGUGGCACUGACUACGACAUGGACUUCACCCUGCUUGUGCCAGCCCUGAAGCUGCACGACCGAAACCAGCCGGUCACCCUGGACAUGCGCCACUCCGCCUUGUGUCAUUCCUGGCUGAGCUUGCGGCUCUUUGACGAAGGGACCAUCAGCAAGUGGAAGGACUGCUGCACCAUCGUGGACCAUCUCAAUGGGGCCACCAACUACUUCUUCUCCCCUACCCGGGUGGCCGACUGGUUCUACGAGUCCAUCAGCGUGGUCCUCUCCGAGAUCCAAAAGAAGCCCCAGCGGGGGAUGCCCAAAGUGGAGAAGGUGGAGAAGAACGGCACCCUCAUCUCCAUCAUUUUGGGGGUGGGCAGCAGCCGCAUGUUGUACGACAUCGUGCCUGUGGUGUCCUUCAAGGGCUGGCCGGCCGUGGCCCAGAGCUGGCUGAUGGAGAACCACUUCUGGGACGGGAAGAUCACGGAGGAGGAGGUCAUCAGCGGCUUCUACCUGGUCCCUGCAUGCUCGUACAAGGGCCGGAAGGAGAACGAGUGGCGCCUGUCCUUCGCCCGCAGCGAGGUGCAGUUGAAGAAGUGCAUCUCUGGCAGUCUCAUGCAAGCCUAUCAGGCCUGCAAAGCCAUCAUCAUCAAGCUGCUCUCGCGCCCCAAGGCCGUCAGCCCCUACCACCUGCGCAGCGUCAUGCUCUGGGCCUGCGACCGGCUGCCCGCCAGUUACCUGCUGCAGGAGGAUUACGCCGCCCACUUCCUGCUGGGCCUGAUCGACGACCUGCAGCACUGCCUGGUGAACAAGACCUGCCCCAAUUACUUCAUCCCCCAGUGCAACAUGCUGGAGCACCUCUCUGAGGAGACGGUCAUGCUCCACGCCCGGAAGCUCUCCUCGGUGCGCUCCGACCCCGCCGAGCACCUCCAGAUGGCCAUCGAACACGUCAAGGCCGCCAACCGGCUGACGCUGGAGCUCCAACGGAGGGGAAGCGCCACCAGCAUCCCCUCCCCACAGUCGGACGGAGGGGACCCCAACCAGCCCGACGACCGGCUGGCCAAAAAGCUGCAGCAGCUGGUGACUGAGAACCCGGGAAAGUCCAUUUCGGUCUUCAUCAACCCUGACGAUGUCACGCGGCCGCACUUCAGAAUUGACGACAAAUUCUUCUGAGGCUCCCUCUGUCCCCUCCAAGGCCUCCUGCCCCAGCUCAGACUGUGGGAUCCCUUCGCUCAACGGGGUUCACCCGGGUCUGUUUCCUUGGUCAACAUAUCAGGCCUGAGCCGGGGGAGGUCUGCAGGAGAGGGGACGGGGUCCCGGGCUUGGAUUUGCUGCUACUUUGGUGUGGAGGCCGGCCUGUCCAGCGUUCUCCCAGGCCACCUUGACAGUAUGCGCACCUGGCUGCCUCCUUCAGCAAAAAUGCCCCUUUCCCUUUAGCACAUCCCCUUCUUCGGUGGGCUGGGCUGGCUCCUCUUUUUAUAUAAUUGGCUUCCUACCCCCCACCGCCCUUCUCCCUGCUUUUGGAGGGUAACCUGAGAAAGACCCGGCAGAAGGGAUAGCCGGUUCCUGCUGCUGGGCCAGUUCGUCCGUCUGUCCCCAGGCUCCCUCAGAAAGACCACAGCGGCCCGAAGAUCCCAUCAAGGCCUCCAAGUCGAGGGCAUUUUCCUCCCCUGAUCUCCUGUUCUUGAAUGUAAUUGUUCCGCGUCGGGGCUGGGUGGGCCCAGAAGGCUCUGGGUGAGACCCUGGGACAGUCGGUCUUAGCGUGUGUCCUUAGUCCAAGCCUUACUUCCAAGCGAUUAAAGGACAGGCCGUGGGAACGGUCCCUGCGCACUCACCACC